AUGGCAGAUCGCAGUAGAAGGAGAAUCAACAUCGAAGGCGUGUUGCGAUUCGCAUUAGAACAUCAAGAUGCCCCAGCUGCUGGAGGAGAAAUUGCCUAUCAGCCUAUUUCGGAAGAUAGACGGACCUGGUUGAGAGCAGCAUUAGAUUUUUUAUCCAGCGCAGAAAGUGAAAUUGAUCGCUUGAAAGCUUGUACGGAAGUAUUGAAAAAAUCGGAAAUGAAACGAAAGGAGCGCAAUAUUGAUACUUAUGCUGAUUCCGAUGAAGACAAAAAAUUAGUUCUAAAUGCUUUGGAGGAGAUUAUUGAAAUUAUCGAUCAGAUCGAUAAUGCACGAGAUUUCUGUACUAUUGGUGGAUUGAAAUAUGUGGUUAAUUUAAUCGAGGAAAUCAAAAACAAUGAUAUCAUUAUUGCCUCAUGUAACGUAAUUGCCACCGUCACUCAAAACAAUCCAUCGUGUCAAGACUUUGCUAUUCGUUGCAAAGUUAUUCAGCCGUUACUAAAUUUGUUGCAAAACUCGGAUGUGACAGAAGUUAAGGUUAAAUGCGUAUAUGCAUUAUCAGGCCUGAUUAGAGAGCACAUAAAGGCCCAGGAGUCAUUCGCUGAAAACGAUGGAUACUCAAUUAUUGUUCGUUCCCUACAAGUGAAGGCGCCAAAAUUGCGAAUUAAAAUAGCUUUCUUAUGUAAAGCGUUGUGUGCUCAUCAACCUGAAAUUAAAGAUAUUCUACUUCGCGUUGGAUUUGUUGAUCACCUUGCUGUGAUUUUGCAGGAACCUCACAAUAGCUACCAUGAACACGUCUUGAGCGCAUUAGUAGCUAUAACCGAUAAUUGUGCUCCUGCCGUUGAAGCAUGCCGUCAAUCGCAUCUUGAAUUUGAAAAAUCACUACGCUCGAUCAAAGAUCAAAUUUUAUCUAGCCCUGAAUUACGUGAUUCACAGCAGCGAUACGAAUAUAUUAACGAUUUUAUUAUGGUUGAUGCUUAUCUCACUUCAGCAACGGGUACAUUUAUUUUGAGACUAGAUGUAUAUGAACGUCUAACUAUUUCAAUUUUAACUCUGUUGUUAACGUUAAGUAGCUCUUUAGUAUCAAUUAGAUCGAUUAAGUUUUUUCGUCGUAAUUGA